AUGAGCAAGACUGUACAGAGAUCCAUAUCAGGGCAAAAGGAUUCAGCAGCAUCUAGUAUCAGAAUCACAGACGAUGAUCUAUAUCGCCACUCUACGCAAUAUCGAUUUUGGUCCUUUACACCAGAGAGGCUCGCUCAGAUAAGAAGUGACGUAAAUGCAAGGGUCACUACCAAAACUCAACUGGAUAUGAAAGUAUUCCUCGAAUCACAUCCCAAUCUGACCCAGGAUGAGUUGGCAGCGAUAAAAGUUAAGGCUGUACCAGUAAGUCCGCAUGAAGAAUUGUUAUUGGUGAAUUAUUUCGCGCGCAUGAUUCUAUCUUUUGCUGGUAAAAUGAACCUGCCGACAGAGGUAGCGGCAACAGCAGUGUCAUUCUUCAGGAAGUUUUUUCUUUCAAACUCUGUAAUGGAGUUUCCCCCCAAAGAAGUGUUUCAUACCACUCUUUUCUUUGCAUGUAAAUCCGAAAACUACUUUAUGGGCGUUGAGUCCUUCGCUAAGAAAGCCAAAACAAGUGCGGAUGCUGUGUUAAAACACGAGUUCAAACUACUAGAGAGUUUAAAUUUUACGCUAAUGAACCACCAUCCAUAUAAAGCUUUACACGGGUUUUUCUUAGAUAUCCAAAAUGUGCUCUCUGGAAAAGUGGAUAUGAAAUACAUGGGUCAGGUUUACACGAAUUGCAAAAAAAGUAUCUCGGACGCUUUGCUCACUGAUGCGAUUUACUUCUACACUCCACCUCAAAUCACAUUAGCGAUCCUAUUGACGGAAGAUGAAGCACUCAUGAUGAGGUACAUGCAACUCAAAUUUAAUUUGAACGUGGACACUUCGUCUGCUAAUGGUCAGAAAGAGUUUAAGCAGGAAGACCCGUCAGCCAUAAAUGCGGAAAGACUACUUGAAAUCAUAAAGUCAUGUCAGGCUGUCAUCGAAGAGAAGAUUAUACCGGCCAAAGAUGAUGCUGUCAAAAUCACAGCCAAAAUUCAUUACAGCCAAAAUCCAAUUUCAGUCAUCGAUAGACUUAAGCGGCAAAGGGAAGCAAGCAGUGAAGCUGCAACGCCUACUCCCUCCGAAUCAGAAGUUAAACGUCAAAAAACAUGA